GGGAAUCUGUCAUUCGCUCUCAGUAAAGCCAAGCACAGAGAGAUACCUGGGGUCCAACUGAUGAAGUCGCAUUUUUGCGUGUGUCUCUCUGCUACAGAGCUGACCAAGGCAUACAGCAACUGGGAUUUACUUUGGCUGCAGUGACAGAACACUCUGUAACUUACCUGAACAGCACACACAGAAACACACACUAUACAUACACUCAUUUUUGAGUUGCUCACCUCCUCUUACACAGUUGUGUGAGUUCACUGGCAGGAGUCCUGCUGUUUUGCCUGGUGGACAGCCAGUAGUUGGUGAGCCGGCGAUGUCGUGGGACUGUGGCCUGAGGUACAUGUUCUCCGUCUCCCCUGUGCUGCAGCAAGGGAACAUGUGCAUCCUGCAUGAGAAGGAGGACCUGUCCAGACUGGAGAUGGUCCAGAGACUGGCCAAGGAUGGCUGCCGCUUCCUGCAGAACCACAGCAAGAGCCCAGAGAGGACAAGCGGGCCCCAGAGUGACGAGGCAGUCCGCGUGUGUCUGAGGGAGAGGGGCCACGAUGUACUGGUUCUCCAGAGACUGUCGUCAGAGCAGCCAGCCCCCUCUGCAUCGGCGAGGGGAGGAGGGAGAGAGGAGGACUCGUCCACUGACUCUGUUGUGUCUGACAGGUACAUGGUGGUAUCAGGGACCCCGGAGAAGAUCCUGGAGCACUUGCUGAUUGACCUGACACUGGACGACGACCCGGGGACAACACAGGGCAAAGAGUCAGAUACACUUCUGGAUGACUUUCUGCUGACCUACCCAGUGUUCAUGUCAACCAGUGAUUUAUGUCAAGCACUGCUGGGACACUAUUGUACCAAGCGAUACAGAGGGAAAGAGGACAGGAAGGAGGCUCUGGAGAGGAAGCGAAAAGUCCUGCACCUGGUGUCACAGUGGAUGGCUCUCUGCAAAGAUUUCCUGACUGAAGAUGAGCAUGUCAAACUGUUCAUGAAGACUUUGUAUCGUCACGUGUUGGAUGAUCUCUAUGAGCAACCAGCCCUGGAGAAAGAUGUGAGGGAACUGCAGAAGCUGUACCAGCUGCAUCGCAGACAUACGGUGGAUGAAUAUUCCCCUCAAAGAAGGAGCAAAGCACUUUCCCACCAAUUUAGCCUGAAAGAGAACGGGCUCCAGUCCAGAAGCACACAGAGGGAGACCAAGGAAGUGCUGUGUCAUGUGUAUAUCACCAUGGACUCUUACCUAAGUAUGAGGGCCCAUGCUAGUGUAGUGGCCCAGGAACUGCUGCAGGCACUAGCAGAAAGGAUGGAUGUCCCACUGGGGGAACUGAUACUAGUGGCUGUCACUUACCCUGGAGGAAGGCUCCUCCUGCAGCCUCAGGACAGAGUCUUCUCCGAUUCGUUACGGCCAGUGGGAAGGCUGCAUGUCUGCAGGAAGGACCUGGGUGAAGUCCUGAACCCACUCACAGACAACUCAGAGCUGCAACAGAGGGCGGCUCGCUUGCUCAGUUUAAACACAUGGGACGUGGCUGUUGCUCUCACCAACUUUGACUGGACCAUCUUCGACUCAAUACACGAGCAAGAGCUCGUCUAUUUCACCUUCAGCCGCCACAGUAGCAGAGGCCACACUGUGGCGUUAGAACUGCUGCUGCAGCGCUGCAAUGAAGUCCAGCUGUGGGUGAUGACUGAGGUGCUGCUGUGCCCGACGCUCUGCAAGAGGGUCCAACUCAUCAAGAAGUUCAUCAAGAUUGCUGCCCACUGUAGAGCACAGAGGAACCUCAGCUGUUUCUUUGCCAUUAUAAUGGGCCUGAACACUGCAGCUGUUAGCCGCCUCAGUCAGACAUGGGAGAAAAUUCCUGGUAAAUUCAAAAGGCUGUUUUCAGAGCUGGAGACACUUACAGAUCCCUCACUGAACCACAAGGCCUACAGGGACUCCUUCAAGAAGAUGAAGGCGCCAAAGAUCCCUUUUCUUCCUCUGCUAUUGAAAGAUAUUACGUUCAUUCACGAAGGCAACAAGACUUUUCAUGAUAACCUGGUCAAUUUUGAAAAGCUGCACAUGAUAGCAGACACAGUGCGGCUCAUCCGGCAGUGUCAGACAGAUCACAUGGGCAAUUGCAUCACCCAGAAGAGCAGCUCAGAAGUGCGAGCCUACAUUGAUUACCUUCAUAUCAUCGACAAUCAGCAGACUCUGUUUGAACUGUCACACAGACUGGAGCCUCGUGCUUAGAGAGCGGCUCUUACUGCACUUCCCCCUGCGUCAGCCAGACUGUCGGAUUGCCAAGUAACAAUCCAUCGCUGUCUCAUCUAUCUCUCAGGACUCAGUCAGCAAUCAGAGGACGCUGCAUGAUCCUGGUCGACCACAGGGGGGAGCCGCUCAAUCAGGAAAACUCUCACCAGGGAUGGGAAUAAGCAGCAAAAGACACAUCUUAGGUCAAGUGCAUAAAUGUUUGCAAAGAUCCACAACAGUGUCACUGAUCCAAAACACCUAAAAGCAGGCCCCGCCAACAUCAUCAGCUGAGCGUCAGUGCCAGCAGUUCCACUCCAACUUGUGCUGCCUGUUGGCAAGAAAAACCAACACCAGCAGCUGGUUAGAGCUGAAGAUGUUAAAAAUGGUAACUAGAUCUGUGGAUGCAAACCUGCUGCUGCUGCUAUUACUUUCCUUUCCUACAGAUGGCAGAGGUUGGCAGGUGUAGAGCUCUUCUGACAAUGACCCAACAGCUCCCCUUUGUGGAAAAUCAGCAGCCUGCAGGUGAAGUGCUUCCACCUUUAAUAAAAAGCUACAGAAAGCAAAUGUGCAAACAAACAAAGUGUUGAUCAUGGAAGUUCAUUCUUGACCUUGGGAGUAGUAUGUGUGAAAAAUCCUAACUCAGAGGUCCCCUUACUAGCCUUUUGUGGAGCUUUCAACACAUCACAAAGUGACUGAGAUCAUAAGAUACAGAUUAACUCAUCAUACAUUUUUUUGUAUUUUCAGACAGUGUAUAGAUCUGGCAGCAGAAGGUUGUUUCAUCAGAUAUAACCAAAGAGUAUUUCAGUCCUUUACUGCACACACACUUUUGUUUUCUCAGAGUGCACCACGAUCAAGAUCAAUGUUUUCUCUGAUAGAAGAUAAGUCAUUAAUAAAUCAGUACAGUGUGUGCACAACAAGCUGAUGUCUUGCUAAACUGAAUCAAGAUGACAGAAAUAGUGAAAAUGAUCUGUUGUUGAAAUGUUGUUUAAUAACCAUAAAGUGUAGUGUAUUAGAUGAGGCUUUACACAAUUCAUAUGGUAUUAGAGCAGGAAAUUAGAAAAGAAUAAACAGUGUACUGUAUUUCUUUGGUGUGUCUGAAAAGUUGUGUCCUGUGUGAGUUAUUAAACGUAUUAGUUAGUGCCAUAUAAAUGCCCAUUCAAAUGAAUGCUAAUUGCUCAUCUUUUAAAAAACGCAGUGGUGUAAGGAUCUCCAUCUAGUUGAGCUGUGGACAAUCAGUUAAAUGAAGCAGCAGACCCAUUCUGAUACAUCUUCAGUCCAGUUUAAAACACAAUACAGUAUUUUUCCUCAUAUCAGAGGAUCAGCCAUCCAGAUAGUUUUGGUUUGAUUUGUUGAGGUUUGGAGAUAUUGGCUUUAGCUUACCGGUACUCAGAGUACCAGAAAUGGGCAUUUAAAAAACUUGGCAACAACAUGUCUUUCCAAAAACAAUUACAUGGUGACUCACAACAACUGACGAUAACCCUUCUUCUGAACAGUUUCACUGAGAACUGCUUUCUAGUUAAACCAAAUGCUACUCCAUUACUGAGCUACAGCUGAUCACUCUUAUCCUCAGUAAAUGUAUGGAUAGAUGUUGUAGACGAAAAAUAAGUUUUAUUGUGUUUUUGGGUGAACUGCUCCUAUGAGUAAACAGCAAUAGGAAAAUCAAGUACAAAAGCACCUUCUGGACAAAAAAAAACAGUAGAGAAGAGGAAGAAAUAUAGAAGCCAUUUGCUUAUGUAGUGUAUAGUAACACUACUCUAUACAACUUCAUCAUCAUAGAAGAUACAGUAUUUAUUCUCUAAAUUGGUCGAAUGAAAAUUCUCACUUUUGCUCUAAGGGUAGGCCAUUUUAAGUAGGCAUUGUGAAGUGUUAUAGAUGGAAUUUUGCAUUAUAUUCUCGAAAUUUUAUUUGUAUAUUUUGGAUUUUAAAGCCUGCAGUGAACAUGGAGAGAACAUGCUUUAGCAGUAUCUAUGUUAUUUUGAAUUUCAUUUGUAUUAUCAAAAAUGUGCAGUUGAUUAUGUUUAUACUGUGUAUAUAUAUACAUAUAUAUAUGUUGAAAUUCUGGAUAAGGGUAUUUAUUUAUUUCAGAAUUAUUUAUUUGUUCUGUAGAUAUUCAGUUUGAUUUCAUGUUUUGUUUUUUGUACGCACUGAUUUGGCUGGUCUGCAUGAUAUGGCAACCCAUUGACUGACCACCAGUGUCAACUGUGCAUGCAAUAAAAGAUUUUUCAUCA